AUGGAAUCUCUUGGUACUUCCAAUAUCUUUUACUCCACCACGGUAAUGGAGGCUCCUCCAAUCGUUACUGCCAUGGAAAUGGUCGGUGUUGAAGAGGAAAAUGACAAGCAAAUCUCAGAUCUGGAGGCGUGCCACCCCGAACGGAUAAACACUGGUAUUCUGAAUGUGAUAACCGCUAGUCUUGGGCUUUUCAGUGAUGGCUAUAAUGCUCAAAUAAGUAGAUACAAGGGCAGAAUAUCCUCGACAGUCAAGUCCCGACUUUUCGUUUCCUAUUUCUUCCGCGAAGUUUCUGACAUGCUCUUCUUCGGUGUACUAGUUGACCGUAUUGGGCGCCGUACGGGCAUCAUGCUGGCAACUUCUUUAUUCUUGGCCCUGUUCUGGAUACUGCUGCCCAUAGAGCAACUCAACUCGGUCGCACAGGGCAUUGUUGGUUUUGGUGCCGAAGGCGAGUACCCUGUUUGUGCCAGUACCUGCGAGGCUGCGGAUUAA